UGUUCCAAAAUUCUUGUUAUGUACAUAAAUUAGUGCUCAUGCGUAGAGGAGAAAGAAAUAUAUUUUAGAACACACUAUUGCAUAAAAUAAGAAAAAAAACAACAAAAUUCGGUAACCUAACCUAAUAUUGCAGAAUUUUUUCAGGAGUACAGUUUACAGAAAAUGUUGACUAAAGAAACAACCAGAGCAAUACAACCGGUCAGAACUUUCUUCAAAAACUUUUUCCAGAAGGUACCUAGUCCAAAAGUUGUGGAUAAUUUAUAUGGAAAAUAUGAAGUCGUUAGACCUUGGGUUGUAUCUGAAAUGAACAGAGUACCAUCAUAUAUACCUCAACCUUCUUAUAGUGAAUCCUCUAUACCAUCAGACUCACCUACUGCAUCAGAAAUCAAAGAUAAGAAUCAAAUAGAAUGUAUGAGACACAGCUGCAUUCUUGCUAAAAAAGUAUUGAACCAAGCAGGACAAUUUAUUAAGCCAGCAGUGACUACGGAUGAAUUGGAUCAGAAGCUUCAUGAAAUGAUUAUAAAUAAUUGUGCUUAUCCAAGUCCUUUGAAUUAUCAAGGUUUUCCAAAAUCUAUAUGCACUAGCAUUAAUAAUGUUGCGUGUCAUGGAAUUCCUGACAAUCGGCCAUUACAAGAAGGUGACAUAUUAAAUGUCGACGUGACGGUUUAUUUGAAUGGUUAUCACGGAGAUUGUUCUACGAUGUAUCAAGUGGGUGAAGUAGAUGAUGAAGCGAAACGUUUAAUCAAAGUAACUGAAGAAUGUCUAAGGACUGCCAUUGACAUAUGUAAACCAAACGAAAAUUUUUCUUCCAUUGGUAAAAUAACUGAAGAAAUUGCGAACAAACAUGGUUUCAAUAUAGUCCCUGCUUUUGCUGGUCAUGGCAUAGGCAAUUAUUUUCAUGGACCUCCAGAGAUUUUGCACUAUGCUAAUAGGUAUGGUGGACAAAUGCAACCAGGAAUGACUUUUACUAUAGAGCCAGUAUUAACUCAAGGUGGACCACAAGUUGAAAUUCUAGAGGACGGAUGGACCGCAGUUACAGUGGAUGAUGCUCGAACAGCUCAAAUGGAACAUACUAUUUUAAUUACAGACACUGGCUGUGAUAUAUUGACUUAUUAAUUGAACUCAUAAUGUUUGUUAAAUAAAAUUGCUAUGAGUGACUUAAAGAAUUUGCAAUAGAAAA